CCUCGCCUCAAGCGGCCUCGGCUCCUCUUUCCUCUCCGAUCCCCGCUCGCAUCAACCACCCUUCUCCCCCGCAAAUCCAAUCCAGUGCCCUAGCCAGCCCACAAGAAAUCUUCCGCCAUGAAAGCCGCCGCCAAGCCCAACCCGCCUCCUCCGCCGGCGCCAGCGACGGCGCAACCCUCCACCAAGCCGGCAUCCUCCUCCUCCUCCUCCGCCGCCGAUCCCAACACCAAGCGCACCCUCCCCGCCGCCGCCGACGCCGCGCACUCCACCCCCUCUCACCCCAACCAUAACACCAACGGGCCACCCAACCCCUCCCCACUUCUCCCGUCCCCGCACCUCCAGCCGCCGCCGCAGCAGCCCCUCCCCCCAUCGCGCCCGCUGCUCACCGUCGCCGCGGUCGACGCCGCCAUGGCUGUCCUGGGCCCCCCGCCGCAGUACGGCCUCGAGUCCCUCGAUCGCCGCACCGUCGCGCUCUCCGACGGCACCGUCCGCACCUACUUCGCGCUGCCCCUCGAGCCCCCUCCGCAACUCCGCCAGUCGCUUCCGCCCAUAUUCCCUCUGCCCCACUUAGGCCCGCCCGGCCCGGGACCUGGCCCUAACAGGUGGAUUCCGCCACUGAUGCACGCUGCAGCUCCGCCCGGGCCGCCCGCAAAGCGGAAGUGGGAGGGUCAGAGCAAUGGUGGCGGCCCCGGUGAGUCCUCGGGCCGUCAACAGCAGCAGAAACCUGUUGCAAAGCAGGUCAAGGUGGAGCCGACCUCCUUUCUUAAUAUGGUGAGGAUGAUUAACGAAAACACCGAGGUCAAGAACAGUUACCUGGCCAAUGGCAAGAAUUACAAGUGCGCCGUCUGUAAUAGGGACUCUGUAGAUAUGCAUGCACUCCUCAAUCAUUCGUAUAAUACGAAGAAUCCAGAGUCUCGUGCUGAUCAUCUUGGGUUGCACAAAGCCAUAUGUGUUCUUAUGGGUUGGAACUACUCCGUAGAUCCUGUACACAAAAAGGCUUACCAAACAUUGUCUAAUGCUGACGCUGAAGCCAAUCGAGGAGAUCUUAUUUUAUGGCCACCAACAAUCAUAGUUGAGAACACGUACAAGUCAAGGAACGAUGGGCAAAAGGAAGCCAUGAGUAAUAAUGAGAUGGAGAGCAAGCUCAGAGAAAUGGGCUUUGGUGGUGUCACUGUGAAGCCGCUCGUUGGCAAGGAUGGAGCCAUGUCGGUGAGAUUUGCAAGCAACCUGGCUGGUCUCAAAGAAGCUGUGCGGCUUGCUGACCUCUUCGAGGCGGAAGGCCAUGGACGCCUGCAAUGGGACCAAUGGGUCCAGACCCGGGGCAUCCCCUCUUAUGUUGAGGGAGGUAACCCCAUGUUUGUGAAGGUGGAUGAGAAGGGGCAACAGACAUGGGUCCUCUACGGGUAUUUGGGCACGGCGAGUGACUUGGACGUGCUUGACACGGAGUCGAAGCAAAAUGUUGUAAUAAAGAGUAGAAAAGAGAUUGAUUUGUCUGAUUAGGACCAACCCUGUUAAGAGGUGUGUAUGUUAAGUUAUAUAAAUCGGAGUAGUUUGUGGACAGCGACAGCCACAUUUCGGAGGCUAUCUGACUAGAUGCAGUGCAGAACUAUUUGAACUGUUUCAUUUAGUCAUCCCUUUUCAUGUGAAAUCCCAAGUUGGCUUUGAGUGUUUAA